GGAUGCUUGCUUGGACCGCCUAUAGGUCAGGCAACGCACCGCCAGGAAAGCGCUCUAUAUCCGGGAUUACGGCUGGGCCGUGCGAUAGGCUUCGAUUGUACAGACGGACACAAGUGUCUAUGCCGGCAAGUAUGCUAUAGUCGCCGGAAAGACGAAGAUCUGGCCCACUGGGUACUUCUCAAACUUGCAUUGCGAUGCUUUUUGAUCAACUUCGGAGGACGAUUCUCUCAGGCAUCUUGCGAUCUCAAUUGUGUUAUUGCGAAUUCCGCGGCUCUUUGUGGCCAUCAAGCAGCACAUUGAGAAUGUGUUGCUGAGAAGACCCUAAUGGCACUUUUCGUUCCAUCCGCCGAGAGCAAGCGUGCCAGCGUAUUUGGCGUCGCAUCCAUCUUCCUGCUCAGUGUCUGGGUCACUCUCUCGUUACGACUUUGGGUUCGCAUUGCGUUGAUCAGGUCGUUCGGAUGGGACGAUGCUUUCCUAUUGUUUGCGGCGCUCAUCUUCACGGGCUACUGCACAGUGGUCUUUAUGAUUGAAACCGUUGGAGGAGCCCAGCGUAUAAAUGAACUCGAUCUUGACGAGCUCAGCAGGCUUGUAGGGAUGGUCGUCGCGAGUUUUGAUUUAUACAUCUCAGCGAUGAUAUUCUUCAAGAUAUCGUUGGGCAUCUUCUACCUACGAAUUGUGAUCAGAAGCUGGCAACGAUACGCCGUCUAUACAGCGGUCAUCUUAAACACAGUAUACGGAACCUUCAUGUUUUUUAUCGCUCUUUUCAACUGCGGCGAUCCAUCUCGGUAUCUCGAAAACGAGAUUGCUCAGGUCUGCUUAGGCAAGGAUUCAAUCUAUAGCAUCCAGCUCGCUGGGUGCAUUAUCAACGCGAUUACGGACUGGACCUUCGCGAUUCUCCCAAUAUUUGUCCUUACAAAAGCCACCAUGCCAUUGCCUGCUAAGAUCAGCGCGGGAUUUGUCUUACUUCUCGGUUGUUGCGGAAGCAUAGUAUCGCUGGUCCGAAUACAAUACAUCGAGGGCCUCGCGCCGGGACCGAACUUCUUCAAUACAGCCCUUGGUCUAUGCAUUUGGUCAAUCACCGAAUGUGGUCUCGGUAUUUCUGCAGCAUCUGUGGCUACCUUACGGCCUCUUUUCCGA